CAACUUCCGUUUAAUGUUGUUUCUGUUUUGUUGCAUAAUUUUGAAAAUUCUUUAAUAUUGAUAUCUGAAGUAAUAUAAUCCUAUAAUCUGAUGACGAUUGUAUAAAACUUGAAUGACUAAUCCGCUUUUAUGAUAGCCGGAAACGUCUCGUUUAUCGCAUUGUUGAUUCGUUAUUUUUUCACGUAGUUGGCAAGUUCGUUUGAGCAUGAAUUGUUAAACAUAUCGAAUAGCAAACUACUGCAACGUAGUGUAUCUCCUUUCUGUAGACGGCAGCAUUGUAUUAUCAUCAUCGUUGUCGUCCGAAUUAUACCUAUAUAGCUCAACCGAGAAACGCUAAAUGUCGUCGAACAGCGAAGGAUCAAUUAGUGAAGCGGAAACGAGAGGCUACCGGGUGGUACAUAAUAAAACGGAUCCGGGCGCGUGCAGGCACGGAAAUUUUAUAAAUUAUUACCAAUUUCACCCGGCCGAGGAACGGCUGCUGCAACUUCCGCGAGGCGUAUGGCACGCGGACCCAACGGACCGGAAGUACGUCGGGUUGGAUGUCGGCUGCAACGCGGGGAAUCUGACGCUUGCACUUUACGACUUUCUUCGGGCAAACAUUGACGACUCAUCGUCCGAGAAUGCUGACUUAUCGCUGCUCGGCGUGGACCUGGACCCAGUCCUGAUAGAAAGAGCGAAGGAGGGUAAUGACCCGAACACAGGGCGCAAUGUCACGUAUAAUUGCAUGGACUUUAUGGCUGCGGAAAGCAGCGGGGUGAUCGAUGAAUUCUUGUCGUCAAAGGGGAGGGAUCUUUUCGACGUAGCGUUUUGCUUCUCUAUCACAAUGUGGAUACACUUGAAUCACGGCGAUUCGGGCCUCGUGAAAUUUCUCCAGUCAGUAUGUGAGAGGACCAAAAUUAUCCUGGUUGAACCACAGCCUUGGAAAUGCUACAGAAAUGCUUCUAGACGAUUGAAACGCGCCAACGUUGCGGAUUUCCCAAUGCUCCGAAAUUUGCGAUACACUGGCGAUAUGGAUACUCACGUGGAAAAUAUUCUCACCGAACAUUGCGGUUUCGAUAAAUUAACCGAAUCCGGGAAUAAUGAUUGGGGCAGGAAAUUGUUGAUCUAUAAGAGAAAGGAAAUGAAUUGUGAUAAUUUAAUCGACUUUAAAUGAAUAAAAAACGUUUUCUACCCUUUGCAAA